CAAUAGACGCAAAGCGAGUGGACGCCAAGGCACGGACGACUUCAAUGUGGAGCGGGUGUGUCGGGGAGAAGAUUGGAUUCUGCACUAGAGAGCGACGAAGAAGAGAAGAUGAGGAAAAGAUGUUGAAGGUGGUGAAGCUUUACUAUGGAUCAGAGCGGUCAAGCAAACAUGGAUCCCGAUGUCAACCAGCAUUUUUCCAUGAGAAAAUUGCGGUAAUAAGUCGGCUCUUACCGGAGAUCAGCGGAGCUUCUGUCCUGCUGCAGCUUUGUGACUUCCCUCCGAGACUGGCGUCAACACACCCGAGGCAAACAUCUCUCCGACCAUCAGAGCGAGCCCGGCCGUUGGUGUUGCAGUCACAGUGGAUGCAAGACCAUCAGAACACUUCUUCAAAAAGGCGCGUGUCAUAUUGUGGACACCACUUGGACCACAGGAAGUUUUGGCAGCAGUAAACAAGCAGAGCAAGGACCGUUGAAGAGCCGGAACAUAUUCAAGAGAUCCACCCAUGGAAGAACCAAGGCACAGGUUUGGUCAGAGUGAAGAGAGACUGGAUCAAUCCUCCAAUCAGGGUUCUGGAGAAUAGCAAGCAAGUGCCAGAAAACCUUGUCCAGAUCAAGUCCGACAAAAUCUUCACGGGAGAAGUCAUCUACAAAUUAGAGGGUCCGGGCGUGGACCAGGCCCCCAAGAAUUUCUUUGAGAUCGAUGACAAAACAGGAAUGAUCCGAAGCAAGCGUCCUCUGGACCGGGAGAAGUACAGCAGCUUCACGCUAAAAGCCUUUGCACUGUCGCCCAGUGGAGAGCGACUGGAGAACCCUACCACCAUAGAAAUCGUGGUGCUGGACCAGAAUGACAACAGACCUACCUUCACACAGAAACAGUUUACUGGUUCUGUUCCUGAGUUUUCAGUCCCAGGUACAUCAGUGAUGUCGGUAACAGCCACGGAUGCAGAUGACCCAACCACUGAAAACGCGUUUCUCAGCUACUCCAUCAUCGGCCAGGAAAGCUUCCCGGCCAACGCUGUUACCAAGACCAUGUUUGGCAUAAACAACGAGACAGGAACCAUCUAUACAAGAGACGUAGGCCUUGAUAAAGAGGUGGUGACGUCCUUCAAGCUCAAGCUCCAGGUUGCUGAUAUGGGCGGCAUGGGGCUGAGCACUGAAGGUGUGGCCAUCAUUCAAGUGUCGGACAUCAACAACUACGCCCCGCAGUUCAGCCCUAACUCGUACAAGAUGACAGCGGUGGAGAACAGGAGGAACGAGGAGAUCGGUCGUGUUAACGUGACAGACCUUGAUGACCGUGGAACUGGACACUGGCAGGCAAGAUACUCCAUCUCCAAUGACCCUUACAGGAACUUCGCCAUCACCACAGACGCCGCUACCAACCAGGGCAUUCUGACGGUGGUCCAGCCCCUGGAUUACGAGGCCCAGAUGGAGCACACCUUGAUUCUGACAGUAGAGAACAUCAAUCCUCUGAGCAGCAAGGCUCCCAACUUGCCAGUCAGCAGCGCCACAGUGGUGGUCACGGUCGUCAACGAAAACGAAGCGCCACAUUUCACGGAAGACCCGAUGCGGAUCGUGGUGCCCGAGUCUGUUAGCCCUGGAACAUUAUUGAAAAGCAACAUCGCAUUCGACCCUGAUCAUUCCCACCUCAGGUACGAGAUUAGUCGAGAUCCUGAGAGGUGGCUGGACAUCAACAGAAAUACGGGAGACAUUACUGCAAGGAGACCCUUCAACAUGCGAUCCCCAUAUGUCAGAAACAACAUCUACACCGCUAUCGUCAAGGUCACAGACGCCGGCGGCGUGUCGACCAGCGCCACUGUGGCCAUCACCCUGACGGAGACCAACGACUUCCCCCCACAGCUCCUCCCCCUGAGCGGCACCGUGUGCAGGGACACCCGGCGGUCGGUCUCUGGACUGAUCCUGACCGCUGAGGAUGACGACCUGCCUCCGCAAGCUGCACCGUUCGUCUUUGAAAUACCUGACGAAGAGUCCGGCAACUGGACCGUCGUCCAAGUCAACGACACUCAUGCGGUGCUGCAGCCUCUGGUGAACCUGGAUGACGGAGAGUAUGCAGUCACAGUAUUGGUGUCCGACUCUGGAAGUCCUGUCUUCGGUUCUUACGCUCAGGUCAACGUCACCGUGUGUCUCUGUGACGCCUUUGGCGACUGUAAGUCUGAGGCGGGGGCAAUAUUUGCCUCCAGUACGGGGAUCAGCUACAUCGCUCUCAUUAUCAUCAUGGCCAGUAUCGCCCUGCUUCUAGUACUGCUGCUCCUGGCGAUAGUCGUGACUUCUUGUGGGAGACGCCAUCACAUCAAGAAGGGAAGUGGUCUGCUGGGGGGGGAUUCAGAAGACGACAUCAGAGAUAAUGUCCUCAACUACAAUGAGCAGGGAGGGGGUGAGGAAGAUGAGAACGCCUUCAACAUGGACCUGCUGUGGAGUCCCUUGGACGCAAACACGACGCCCGUGCCCCCCGUGUCCCCCGUGUCCUGCUACCCAGCGUCUGGCCUUCCUCGGGGCAAACAGCCCGUCAGGAAAGAUGCGCCACAUGACCUGCCGUCACCCAUCUACCCUCGCAGACCCCCAGCUGAUCCCACUGACAUCCAGGACUACAUCAGCGACGGCCUGGAGGCGGCGGACAAGGACCCCAACGUGCCUCCCUACGACACGGCCCUCAUCUACGACUACGAGGGCGAGGGCUCGCUGGCCGGCAGCCUCAGCUCGCUGGCGUCCGGCAGCUCGGACGGCGAGCAGGACUACGACUAUCUCAACGACUGGGGGCCGCGCUUCCAGAAGCUGGCCAACAUGUACGAGCCUCGUUAGCCUGCCGGAGAACCCUGAGGGUCCAGCGCUAAGUGCCACAGAGGGUCCGGGUCCGGGAUGUCCGAGUCAAACUGGAAGUAAAACCUUGAAGAGGUGCUCAGGAAGUGAUUGGGAAGGAGCUGAAUGUCUGGUUUUAUUUUUGUAUUGAUUGUUCUUAUUAUUUUAUACCAUGUUGUUGUUGUUGUUGUUGUUGUUGUUGUUGUUGGCUUGACCCAGAAUCCUCCAUUCCACCUUUGCUACACUUUGGACAAGAAACACCAGAGGUGGGUAAUGUCACCCUCAUUAGCAUUCUAAUCUUAGCAUGCUAACUUUUUGCUUCAUUUAGCAACUUUAUUACACUUAAGUGUCAAAUAUUUUGUUACUUAACUUUAAAAAAUUAUACCUGUUAGCAUGCUAGCUUUGUAUUCAGACUAAUUAUGUAGGUAUUCACCUCAGCUAGCAUGCUAACAUUAGGAUGCUAGAUUUUUGCUUCAUUUAGCAGCUUUAUUACACUUUAGUAUCAAAUAUUUUGUUACUUUACUUUAAAAAAUUAUACCUGUUAGCAUGCUAGCUUUUUAUUCCGAAUAAUUCUGUAGGUAUUUACCUCAUCUAGCAUGCUAACGUUAACUUUAAUUUGUUUUUACCUGUUAGCAUGCUAGCUUUUUGUUCCGGCUAAUUCUGUAAUUUUUUUCAUCUCAGCUAGCUCAUCUAACGUUAGCAUGCUAGCUUUUUGCUUCAGCUUAAUAACACUUUUGUGUCAAAUAUUUUGUUAUUUAACUUAAAGCAAUUAUACCUGUUAGCAUGCUAGUUUUUUUUCCAACUAAUUCUGUAGGUAUUCACUUCAGCUAGCAGGCUAACUUUUUGCUUCAUUUAGCCGCUUUAUUACACUUGAGCGUAAAAUAAUUUAUUUAACUUUAAAAAAUAUAUAUACCUGUUAGCAUGCUAGCCUUUUUUGCGGUUAAUUCUGUAGGUUUACACCUAAGGCAUAUUUUGCUACUUGAUGCAUGUUAAUGUUAGCAUGCUAGCUUUUUAAAUGUAUUUUUGUAGGGAGACACCUCAGUCAUAAUUUGGUACUUCUAUCCAUCCAUUUCUACCGCUUGGCCCUCUUGGGUGCUAAUGCUAGCAUGCUAGCUUCAUUUUUAUUUAUUUUUUGAUAUUUUUUAGGUAUACACCUCAGUCAUUAUUUGGUACUUGUUGCAUGCUAAUGUUAGCAUGCUAGCUUUUUUAGCUAAUAUUGUAGGUAUACAUCUCAGGCAUAUUUUGGUACUUAAUGCAUGCUAACUUUCCUAUGCUAGCUUUUUUCGAUAAUUUUGUAGGUAUACACCUCAGUCAUAACUGUGUACUUCAUACAUGCUAACGUUAACGUGCUAGCUUUUUUUUUGAUAAUUUUGUAAGUAUACACUUCAGUCAUAUAUAUGUGCAUAUAUGUAUAUUUACAUAUAUAUGGAUGGAUAUGAAUAUACAUACAUAUAUAUAAAUACUUGUAUGUAAAAAACAAAAGUCAAAGUGUUGUGUCUUCAGUGUAAAAGUAAAAGUAAUGUUGCAUUAACACGACUCUGACAAGUACAAUGUAUCCAAACAGUUAACUUGAACAAAUGUAAUAAACGUAGUGCGUUCAUACCCACCUCUGAGAAAGAUCAGCACAAAUAACAAAAUUAAAAUGUUCUUUAGUGGAAUAAAGGAGGUCCAUGCCAAGAUUUUUCUAAAAUAUUGUUUCUGUUUUUUUUUUUUAAAUGUUAUCCAUCAGAAAACAGGUUUGCUCUUAAUUUUGCAUUUCAGAUGAUUUCCUACUGCUCAACAUUAUUUAAAUAAAACUGAAUUUAAAUAUC